AAACUAACAAUUGUGAUCUUAAUUAUUUGGAACAAUCAUCAUCUUAGCGGCCUUAAAUAGGGUCCGAUUACAAACUAUCUUGCAGCGGCCAUCUGCAUAAGCUAACUGGAAUUUACACCUGCAAUCACCGUGGUUGCCUAUCCGUAAGGUUACGAUGCAAGCCUACACCCUGAGCACGGCGCGCUACAUCUUCUGGGUUUCUUUAAUGACCACGACGGUCAGCUACAAGCCGGUGAUUAUAGUACACGGGCUAUUUGACGGCUCCAGAGCCUUGUCAAACUUGUCCCGCUUCAUCCAUGAGUCUCACCCAGGCACCGAUGUGACAGUCAUUGACCUUUAUGACCACAUUCACAGUCUGGCACCACUGUGGAAACAGGUUGAGGGCUUCAAAAAGAUCAUCUAUCCAAUCAUGGAGAGGGCCAGCAAUGGAGUCCACUUAAUCUGCUUCUCUCAAGGUGGAUUGAUAUGCAGGGGUUUGCUCUCUGUCAUGCCUGAUCACAAUGUUCACACAUUCGUCUCUCUGGCAUCACCACAAGCUGGGCAGUAUGGAGAAACUGUGUACUUUAAACAUGUUUUCCCAAAAUUUGUGAAGUCAAAGUUCUAUAUAUUUUGCUACUCCCAUGCUGGACAAAAGUUCUCUAUCUGCAACUACUGGAAAGAUCCCCAUCACAUGGACAAGUAUCUGUCAGCCAGUGACUAUCUGGCUGUGCUGAAUGGUGAGAGAACAACUGGCAGCGAAACAGAUUGGAAAACCAACUUCCUGCGCAUUAAGAAACUGGUGUUGAUUGGUGGCCCUGACGAUGGAGUGAUCACACCGUGGCAGUCUAGUCACUUUGGGUUUUAUGACGAGAACGAGGCCAUUGUCGAAAUGAAGGAACAGGAAGUGUUUGUGAAAGAUACGUUUGGCCUGAAGACGUUGGUCAGUCGUGAAGAUUUGGCGGUGUGCACCUUCCCGGGGGUGCAUCACACUGUGUGGCACUCGAACGAGAGCGUGUACCAGGACUGCAUCGAACAGUGGAUACUCUAGUGUCUCAAUAUGUCACCUUUGCAUUAUAUUUGCAUAUUGCCAGACACAGAAUCUAUUUCAAUCCAAGUCCAGAUGACACUGUUUGCUUGCUUUUUUGAGACUUGCUGAGGUUAUAGUUAGACUGUACUGUUCUCACAUCAGAUAAAAUCUAACUCUUAUGUCGAAUUUAUUCAUCAGUAAUGCAUGACGCAAUGUUUUUUUUUUUCUUAUUUCAAUGUCUCAGUAUUUCUUCCAGUGGAUUAACAGAAUUAAUGAUCUGAUUAGAUUAUACAAAACUGUGUUAUGAUUUACUUUUGAAAAUUGGGGACAGAGAUUAUUCCUCUAAGAUUUUUCCAUCUGAAUGUCAUGCUGGAUCAUAUUAAGCUUUGCUUAUCUUCUAAUCAUUUGGCACUUCCUUACAGGAUACUUAAAUGACAACAUAAAAUCAGCAUUUGAUAAAUGCACAGUUGGAAUAAACACUUUCUCACUAUUUAA